GAAUUACGUCUUAGGAGAAAGGACGAAUAGCGUUGUGUUAAAAGAAGCUUAGAGGGAAUCGGAAACUGUUGCUGACUCUCUUUCUUUCGCUCGUAAGCCGGCACCGGUUCACCAUAAGAACCGACUGUGACGCGUGCCAACUACUCUGAAAUUAUUCUCGUGCGCAGAACACCGUUGCUUUCGCUGAUCUCGUCAAUUCGACCAGUCCACUUUAUAUUUCCUGACGUCGUUUCAACGCGGUAAGCUCUGAACGGUACACGAUGGCGGCGGUUGACUGUUACCAGAAUCAAGCCCAGGCCGAGAGUACCGGUCAACAGACACAAAACCAACAGCAACAGUCUCAGUCCCAUCAGCAACAAGCCACCGCUGGAAUUCCAGGCAAAGAUGACGAGCGGAAGCUGUUCGUUGGUGGCCUAUCGCGUAAUACCACCGACAAGGAGCUGCGAGAUCAUUUUGGUAAAUUCGGAGAGAUCGAAAGUAUCACCGUUAAAAUUGAUCCCUACACGGGAGUCUCGCGAGGCUUCGCAUUCAUGGUUUUCACCAAUCCCAAGACGAUCGACAAGCUUCUGGCUUCUGGGGAACACUACAUCAAUAAACGAAAGGUGGAUCCAAAACGGGUGAGUAAAAAGCCUCAGCAUGGGAAAAUUUUUGUGGGUGGUCUUACUCCGGAAAUCACUGAUGAUGAUAUCAAAUCGUAUUUUGGACAAUAUGGUACUAUCGUCGAAUUACAAGCACCAUUCGAUAAGGUAAAAAACCAGAGAAAAGGAUUCUGCUUCAUAACAUUUGACUCCAAGGAAGUCGUGUAUAAAUUACUCAAAACACCAAAACAAACGAUAAACGGUAAAGAAGUGGAUGUCAAAAAAGUAAAAGUUAAUCCAGAUUCGAGGAAUCAAGGAUUCUGGGGCCCGGGAUACGGUUACGGUUACGGCGGUGGUUAUGGCUACAUUCCCGAAUAUUGUAAUGGCUACCAAGGAGGCUACGACGAUAUAUACGCGAACUUUGAUUAUGAAACUUACGACGGUUAUGAUAAUAUGGGAUACGGAGCGCAAGGUAAGCCACGGGGAAAUGGACAGGGACCACGUCAAUUUCAAAGACAUCAACCGUAUUAAAAUAAAGAGUAUAUGAAUCUCACAUACUCGAAAUUUGGUGAUAAAACAAGAACAUAGUAAGGAGUAGACCAACUUUAUCUAGAUACAGUUUGAGACUGAGAUACAGAAAUUUGGGAUAGAAGAACCUUUGGAAUACUUGCAAGAUUCCUAUUCGAGCUCCAAAUUUCUUAAUCUUUGUAUGUAUGUACAUUUGUAUGUACAUUUUCUAAAAAAGAAACGAAUUUUUCAUUGAUCAGCAAUCAGUGUAAUUUAUUAAGGCGAAAGGAUCGUGUCUUUUUUUGUCUAUGCACAUUCUGUCACUUCUCAUGUAAAACAAUUAUUAACAAGACUACUAAAAUGGAUGUUCAAAUAUUUUUUACUCGAAUUCAAUUUUUCAUAUGAAGAACUGCUUUUUUGAGACAGUGACUAAUAAUCAACUCAUUACGAUAUUUUUGGAGUCGUAUAUUACGUGAAACUUAAAAUGAUUGAUUUACUCCUGGUUUCUUGUUAUUCAUGAUUCAUAAUACUAACAUGUAUAUCUUAUAAUUUAAUACUCUAAUUAUUCUUUAGCAUCUUAAGUUGCAUUACUAAAGUAUUGUUUAUUAUAUGCUUGGUGUUAAUCUUAUUAUUAGAAACACAAUGCUGUGUCGUUUAUAUUAGGACUUUAUGUCUGUAAACAGUUUCAGUUCAGAAAGCACUUGUCAGUUAGAAAUAAUCGAUAGAUAUAAAACAAAUUAUCAUUCAUGGACCAACGGUUCGACUCCUAAUUAAACGUACUUCUUCCUCAUAAAUUUAUAAUCUAAACGUAUUAUCUAUUAUCAUCUAAUUGUUUAUAAUCUAAAAUAAGUCCUGUAACUUAUACAAAUCAUAAGGUAUCAUGAGAGGCAUACGAAUCAUCGUAUGUUAUAUGUAAUGCGUGUAUACAUACAUAACGAUGUAUACGUGUAUGAGUUAGUAUAUAAUAAAGUAGCGAUUAAGAGAAAGAUAAAUAUUUCAAAAUGAAUAUAAUUAAAAUAUGAACGUCCUGGGUAGAUACGCGAAGAGUACGCGAGUGAUAGAAGAUGGUUACAAAAUAUUCUAAAAUGGUUUCAAAAGUUACAUCAGAAGGGGCAAGAUGUAUACUAUAACAUGCAUGAAGUUCAUUUCAUAAUAUUAUCUUUAUCACUACGUCAUGUAUCUAUUUUUUUAUAUUUCAGUUACAAUGAUAACUGAAAGUCUGUUUAAUGCGAUCAGUAGGUUUGGAAAUUUGCUGCACUCGUGUACUCCUGUGUUAUAUUGAAGACAUACAAAUAUGGCAAAAAGAUUGUGUCUUGUUCUAUAUAUAUAAAAAAAAAUGAUUCGUAAACACUGAAUCAACAGAAUGUUUAAGGCAUUGGAAUAAACGAAAAUAAAAUUACUGUUAUUUAGGCUACUAUGACAUUUCUUUCGCAUUUGCUUUGAACAGCAGUUUCUGUCUGGUGUACAAAGACUGCUCUUCAUAUGGCAAGAAGACUGUUAAUGCGUAGGGUAUCAUUUGACAUGAUACAAACCUUAGAGAAUCUGACAGCUAAUAGAUCUUAUGAUUUCUUCGAUGAAAAACUUUUAAACUUACACCGUAAUUAUAGCAAAUGUAGAUAUGGCAUUAUGGGACUACAUUUAGGUACAUCGAAAUUAUAUUGUACACAAGGCUGAUAAGGCUUUAAACAUUCAAGUUUUUCUCAGAUGUUACAAAAGUAUAGACAGUUUGGCUUAAAUAUAAUUCAUAAUACACAAACACAAUGAAAAAUAAACUGUUCUCUUAAAAAAAAAGAUUUUAAGCCAAGCUAAUUGUGCUUUUGAAAUUAAAUCUGUAUACUGUGUAUACCAUAUUUGCUGCGUGUGGAAAAUAUAUAUAUACAUAUAUAUAUAAAAAAGAGAACAGAGUGUGAAAUUAAAGGAAAUAACACAAAUAUUUUGUUACUAUUGAUUACUAUUCGCCUGUUUCACCCAUGACACAGUGUAUAUUUUAAUUAUAACAAAAAAUAAAAUAUUCAUUAUUCGAAAAGUACUUUGUAACAUCCUUGUUCUAAUUGAAUCAUAAGUAUGAACAAAAGUAUAUACUUCGAUCAUUUGAAAAGUUAUUUAAAAUGUAAAUCCUCCCUCAUCCUAGUUUAAAAGCAUCGAAAUUAAAUUGACUUUUAAACGUGAA